AUGGAGAAAACCCUCAUAUUCUUUCUCCUCCUAAACUUUUUGUCAUCUGUUUUAGGAUACAAGGUAUCAUCAAUCUACGUAUUUGGAGACUCAAUUUUUGAUGCCGGAAACAAUCACUAUAACAAGUACUGUGCUGCUCAAGCUGAUUUUCCACCUUAUGGUUCAACUUUCUUUCACCGCCCUACUGGAAGAUUCACCAAUGGUAGAACAGUUGCAGAUUUCUUAUCUCAAUUUCUUGGUCUCCCGUUACAAAAACCAUUCCUCGAGGCACAGCUUGAUAUAAUUAAUGGAACUCUAAAGAAUUAUCCAUCUAAUGGCAUCAAUUUUGCUAGCGCUGGAAGCGGCGUUCUUUACACAACCAACAAAGAUUUGAAUGUUACAUCACUCCAAACCCAACUGCAACAAUUCAAGUCGCUGAUAGACCAAAAUCAUCUAGACAAGAAAGUGGUGAAGCAGUCUCUGUUCUUCUUGGAAUCAGGCUCAAAUGAUGCCUUUAACUACUUUUUUCCAUUUGAAGCCCCAACUCUUAGCCCAGAUGCUUAUGUCCAAGAAAUGUUAAAACAAGUUGGUAAUUUUGUUGACCAAAUUUAUGAGCUUGGGGCACGCAAAAUUGCCUUAUUUUCACUAGGACCUGUUGGCUGUGUCCCAGCAAGGGCCCUUUUGCCUGGUGCACCAACUGAUAAGUGCAAUGGAAAGAUGAACAAAAUGGUCAAGAAUUUCAACAUGGGAUUGGAAAAUCUUGUUAAGGCCAUUCCUAGCAAGUACCCUGGCGCAAUUGCUGUUUAUGGAGCGGUUUAUAAGACUGUCCAACUUUUUCGAGACAAUCCGAGCCAAUACGGCUUCAAUGAUGUAACAAAUGCAUGUUGUGGUUAUGGAACUCUUGGCGGAAUGGUGCAAUGUGGAAAAGAGGGUUACACAGUUUGUCCAGAGCCAGAUCGAAACUUGUUCUGGGAUUACUUCCACCCCUCUGAACGCACUUACAAACUCAUUUCCAAGGCUUUGUGGAGUGGAGGCCGCACCAGCAUUCGACCCAUCAACUUGAAGACUCUAGCAAACAUUACCCUUUCUGAGCAACAAUAUUCAUAAGCAA